AUGCCGGGAUUCCGCAAGUUGAUCCUCGCCGCUAUCUGCCUUAUAACCUUCAUCUUCGUUAUUCGCUCGAGUCGUCCCUCCGAUGUCCCUGGUGCGCCUGGAUACAGACCUGUGAAGGAGAUCUUUGACGAGGAGUCGGAUUCGCUUAGAGAGUCGAGGAGGCAGACAAGGCCGAGAGGGCAGAUGCCUUUCGGCUCGUCGCCGACUGCGCCGUUACGCGAUCGCCUGCGGUAUCAAUUCCCCUAUGACCUCGAGAGGAGUUUCCCCGCAUACAUUUGGCAGACUUGGAAAUAUACGCCGGCAUCGGUUUGGUUCGAGGAGGGUCUGCGCGCCUCGGAAGCAAGCUGGACCGAACUCCACCCGGGCUUCACGCACGAGGUGAUUCCCGAUGAUACGCAGAGACAUUUGAUCUGGUAUCUGUAUGGCUCGGUGCCGGAUGUAUUCGAGGCUUACGAUUCCAUGCCGCUCGCGGUAAUGAAGGCGGAUUUCUUCCGCUACCUCGUUCUUCUCGCGCGCGGUGGGAUCUACAGCGACAUCGACACAUUGGCUCUAAAACCAGCCCACUAUUGGCUCCCCGAAGAGCUGGACCGAUCGAAGAUUGGUUUCAUUGUCGGCAUUGAGGCCGACCCCGAUCGACCGGACUGGCAUGAUUGGUACUCGCGCCGUAUCCAGUUCUGUCAGUGGACCAUUGUCUCGAAACCGGGUCAUCCGAUUUUACGUGAAAUGGUCGCAUACGUCACCGAGGAAGCACUGCGCAUGAAGAGACUCGGUAUCUUGAGGCAGGGCAAGAUGGACAAGACCAUCAUGGAGUUCACAGGGCCUGGAGCCUGGACUGAUGCGGUCUUCCGCUACUUCAACAACCCGGAGUACUUCGAUACCCGGCCUGGGGAUAAGAAUGUCACCUAUGAAGAUUUUAGUGGCCAGAGUAUUCACCGAAAGGUCGGUGAUGUGGUUGUUUUGCCUAUCACCAGUUUCAGUCCUGGAGUUGGCCAAAUGGGUGCUGGAUCCACCGACGACGACAUGGCCUUUGUGAAGCAUAACUUUGGCGGCACAUGGAAAACAGACCCGUCGCUAUGA